GCAUUCAGUUGCCAGUCCAAUUUCCCUGCUGUUGCUAGCUGCAAACAAAGCUGCUCACAAAGACAUGCACCCAACGACAAUCAUCGGCCUCUUGGCUUUUUUGGCUUCCCUGUGGGUGUUUGCGACGUCGAAGCCAACAACCACCGGCCAUUAUCAUCAUGGCACUGAUAUUGUGACCGAAAUUCUGCAAGCCAUCGACAGACGAGAAGAAAUGUGGAGAAUCGCAACUUACCUGAAUGCUUCCCGUGACGACCUUUUGAAAGAAUUGCCCUACCUUGAUGCUGAUGGGACGAAAAUCAAUUACACAUUCUUUGCACCGACAUCGACGGCCUUUUUGACACAAACUCCACAAGAUGCGUCUGAUCCGAUGCACGUUGACGCUCAUUUCCGCCGUAAAGUCCUUCUUCGCCAUUUCGUUCGUCAACAUGUUACGACCGAUGAUCUGACCAGAGUGGACACGCUCUUCAUGGCCGAUUCUACAAAGGCUGUUGUAACUAGGAAGAGUUCGAUUGAAAUUUGUAACUUGCCACCGAUCCACCCGAGCACAGCUACGUGCAUGGCUUUUUUCCCGUCUUGGACGUUCAACUCCAAGUCAGGCAAAUGCGAGAGAUACGUGUACGGUGGAUGCCACAGAACUGAGAACCUGUUCGAUACAGAGGAAGACUGUCUAGCCAAAUGUGGGCCAGCUGUCAAUACGGUCAGGUCAUUUCUGAACGAGACGGAAAUUCAAACAGAUGCCUGUGCAUGCAGUGAACUCGUUCACGAUUUUUGCACCAUGUUCGUGGUCGAUCGUGUCUUCAUGGACCGUACAGAGGUGAUCGACGCUCUCAGUAAACAGCCCAGCACAGGCCAAAUAGGUCCGUUCAGUUUGACUGCAAUUCAUUCAUCGCCGUCCAAUCGAAUCCCUAACCACGAACCAAGUUCUAUUCAUCCGCUUCGUACCACUCCACUCGAACCAAUCGGUCCCAUACUAGUCGGUUAUAAUAACGUAUCUCCCAGCGAUCCAGAUGUCCAAGAGAUUGCCCAAUUUGCUGUUGAUGAACUGAGCCGGGGUGCCCACUCUUUGUCAUCUCCACUUGUAUUGGUCAACGUCAUCGCAGCUGAAAAGCAGGUCGUGGCCGGAGUCAAUUACAAACUCAAAUUAUCGCUUCAAAAUGCCGAACUCGGAGCCAUUGCUUGUGAUGUGGUUGUCUUUGAUCAGUCGUGUUCUUCCACCUGCCGCGUCAGCUCGUUCAAGUGCAAUCCGUCCUUCGUCAGUAGCAUCCCCAACGUCAAUGAAUAA